AUGUCGGACCAACGAGCACACUUGACCUACAUGGGUCGCAUCGCCGAGCAGGUCAGUUGACUCAGCUCAGCGCCGGUGCUUGGGCUGGGAAUGGGCCGUGGCCAGCAGCGGCAGGGCAUGUUGGGGCGAUCACCCACCCCGAGACCGGCCGCCCAGGCCGACGCCAUCGUGGCCGAGCGAAGGUCCAGGUUCGCUGCACUGUCUCUUAUUGGAAGGAAUGAUCGUAUCAUACGAGCAGGGCUGGUGCGGUGGAAGCUGCUGCUGUGCCCUGCCUCGUGCUGCCUCUGUGACGCCAGCAUCGGAAUGUCUCAGUGUGGUGUGGCCUCGGGUGCUGCGUGCUAGGCUUUCAAUCCGCUCUCCUCGCGCUGACCCCGCCCACUUCGACUUCUGAUCACAGAGUGAACGAUACGAUGAGAUGGUCACCUAGUCAGUCGUGCCCAUACGAGCGCAGCAGAGCGCGGAAGGCCCGAUCACUAACCGACAACCCUUUCCCCCUUGCGCGAUCCGGUCGAUUCUUAUCACACCUCACUUUUCUCGACGUGCCACACGAUGCAUUCCGCGCCCAUCAGCAUGAAGGAUGUUGCCAAGGUAUGUCGGCCCCCCUCAGUGUGUCUCCCCCUGUGUGACUGUGACUGAUUCUAUGCAUUCCGUGGCUGCAUUCAUUCGCUCCCGCCCCACCCGACGCGCAUCUCAAUCGACGCUGCCCCACCCCAUCUCACCCCGUCCUGUCAUUCACGUCCGCAGCUCGGCGUAGAGCUCAGCAUCGAGGAGCGCAACCUUUUGUCGGUUUCCUACAAGAACGUGAGUAGGCGCGCGCCUCAGCGUCAUCCCACACACCGCGCAUGUGACUUGCAGCGGAGUCCUAACCAUCCCGGGUCGGAAUGGAAUCCUUUUCCCUACCUCUCCUUCCGCUCACAGGUCAUUGGUGCCCGACGUGCAUCGUGGCGAAUUAUCUCGUCGAUCGAGCAAAAGGAAGAGUCCAAGGGCAACGAGUCGCAGGUCGCCAAGAUCAAGGCCUACCGCCAAAAGGUCGAGGGCGAGCUGUCGGAUGGUGCGCUCGGUUCAGCUAGUGGCAUCGGGAUCUGCCAACACUUUGCUGACACCCCUCUUGCUCUACGUGUAGUCUGCAACGAUAUCCUCAAGGUUCUCGACGACCACCUCAUCCCCUCGGCUCAGGCCGGCGAGUCCAAGGUCGGUCACUAUCCGGCGAAACGCUGAGGAGACGAAAUGAAGCUAACCUCCCUAUCUCAUCUUCGCUCCACCAGGUCUUCUACCACAAAAUGAAGGGUGACUACCACCGCUACCUCGCCGAGUUCGCCAACGGUGAUGAGCGCCAAAAGGCAUCCGAGGCCGCGCACGACUCGUACAAGGCCGCGAGCGAGAUCGCAUCCGCCGAGCUGGCGCCAACGCACCCCAUUCGCCUCGGCCUGGCGUUGAACUUCUCCGUCUUCUACUACGAGAUCCUCAACUCGCCCGAGCGCGCGUGCCAGCUCGCCAAACUCGCGUUCGACGACGCGAUCGCCGAGCUCGACACCUUGUCCGAGGAGUCGUACAAGGACUCGACGCUCAUCAUGCAACUCCUGCGCGACAACUUGACCCUGUGGACCUCGGACCUCAACGAUGCUCAAGAACCCGAGAAGGCUGCUGAGGCCGCCCCUGCCGCUGCCGCCCCUGCCCCGGCCGCCGAGCCCGCCGCCGAGUCGUAA